AUGAAAAUAAUAAUAAUAAUAUUGCUUUUGUUAUAUUCAGUUUAGUCCAUUUGGGGACCUACUUGCAGAACUGUAAUAUCAAUUAUUUACUUUUUAGUUAUGUUACAAUUCUAAGGGUUCGAUUUGUGGAAUUUUAUCUUAGAGUUGUUGUAAAGAAGGUUAUUGUGCUAAUGGUUGGUUGGGUGAGGAAUGUGAAAUGUAUAUACAAUUAAUUUCUAUUCAAGUCGACUAUUUAUUCCUGGGUGCACUACUAAUUGGAGUUUGUUUUGA